UUAACGAAAGUUCGAAACUGGAGAAAUUUGGUUACUAUAUAUGAAUGGACACCAUUUGCUACACCACGCUGAAAACUUUCUGUCCCUCUCUUUUCUUUUCUGUUUUUCCAUCCAUGGAAGCUCUGUUUUCAUUCUGCUGAAAAAGGAAGGAAAAGAAGGACCUUAUCUUCUUCUUCUUCUUCUUCUUCUGUCUUUUCCAUCUCUGCAAAAGGGACAAAGGGUUUGGUUGUUUCUUUCUCCCAUUUGGAAAAAAAAGCUCAUGCAAGAGCUUUCAGAUUCUUCCUUUCGUUGAUGCAAGAGCUUUCAGAUUCUUCGUUUUCUAUCUGUUUUUCAAUUCAAGAUUUGAAGAAAGCAUAACCUUGGUUCUUUUUUCUUCCUAGAAUCUAUGUCGUCUGUGCUGAAGAGAACGGGGCGACAAAGACAGCGUUAUGAAGACAACAUGCGUCUUGUUUCUGGAUGUAUUCCCUACAGAUGGAGAAAAGACAACACAGAUCAAAUGGGAGAAGCUGAGGAAAUAUUAGAAGUACUUAUGGUUUCUUCACCGAAACGUGAUGAUCUUGUAUUUCCAAAGGGUGGAUGGGAGGAUGAUGAGACUGUUUUAGAAGCUGCUUGCCGCGAAGCUUUAGAAGAAGCAGGAGUUAAAGGAAUUCUAAGAGAAAUUCCAUUAGGAAAGUGGGAGUUCAGAAGCAAAAGCAGUCAGGACGACUUAUGUGGCAUGGAAGGAGGCUGCAGAGGAUACAUGUUUUCCUUGGAGGUGACUGAAGAACUUGAAACUUGGCCCGAGCAGAAAAACCGCGCUCGCCAAUGGUUAUGCGUAAAAGAGGCUUUUAGACUCAGUCGGUAUGACUGGAUGUGUAACGCACUGGAGGAGUUUAUGAGGGUUAUGGAAGAGGUGGAAGAGGAAAGAAAGCUUGAGACACAAGACAAGAAUGUUGAAGCAGAAGAUGUGUCAGAAUGUCAAAGUAAGUCACCCAAAUGCUAUAAAAGAUCCUCAACUAUGCAGCACCAUGGUAUGCUGCAACAUGCUUCUCAGGAGAUAGCCAUCCACUUUGGUUAUUGACAUGAUUUGUACAAUUGUGCAAUGUGUUUAUGUUAAGGGAUCAAUGUUGUGCAGUGUAACUCCUUCAAUUUGAUAAAGAACAAACUGUGAAGUAAUAAUGGCUUGGAUCAAUAAACAUGCCAUGUAGACUUCACUGUUCUAGGUUCUUUUUCUUUCUUUCCUAUGUGAUCAUGAUGUAAAAUGGGGUGGUGAAAGUGUUCAAGUGUAUAUGGACAUAACAGUUAUUUACUUCACCCCCCUGUUCAUGAAAAACUUGUAAAAUAGCACCAUUUUUUAAAAUCUGGUGGUGUGUCAUAGUGGGCAAAGACAAAUGCUGCCUUUGACAACCUCCAUUCCAAUUCAUAA